CCUCCCCCUCAGCCCGGGUUUGUGUCUGCCACGGACAACUCAGACACCCCUCCCCCUCCAUGCUAAUGUUCUGCUGCCUGUUGUCCCGACUUCCAGCGGACAGCUCUGUGACAUUGUUUUAACCACGCUGCAGUUUGGUUACACCAAGGAGAUGUGCAGCUGCUCUAAACUAGACUUGUGUUAGUCCUGCCAGAUCCUCCACACGACCGCUCUAUCACGUCCUGGAGCUGUUCAUACCUACCUUGCCGGCUUUAGCUGCCGACUUUCAGACCCGCUUCCAGUCGAGAGACCAGAAAAAAGAGAAAAGAACCAGGAAAACUAGCGUUCAGGUUGCGACUGCUUGGCGCCUGUGGACCAACCCCCACCACCACCGACCAUUGACGUAGGGGUAUGGUGGAUUUUUUUGUGUGUGUACGAAAAGAGGAGGAGUCUGUGAGCAAGAGGGGAGAACAGUCGGUUGAGUCCUCGAGUGUACGCUCCAUAGUUGUGGCACAGCUCACUAGUUUUCCCGGUGAAUGUUGAAACCGAUGGACUUGAUGCCCUGCUGAUACCGCAUCCUGGUCGUAACGGUUGUACACAAAAGGACAGGACAGCCUGCAGAGUGCGACGGCGGCAAGAGGAGGAGGAGAAAGUCGGCUGCAGACCCAGACUGAAAAUCGCGGGAACAUCGCUUGAACACGGGGAGUCGGUGAGUCGAGGUUGUUGAAGAAUUCAGUGGUAAAUCUAUGACCAGGAACCUUUCGACUUGAACGCAGUAAUGGAAGUUAUUGUGACAGAGGAAAAGAAGAAGAUUUUCCGUGCCAGGAAAACCAUGAAGAUCAGUGAUCGACAACAACUGGAGAAUCUUCACAGUACCCUGCUGACAGCAGCUCCAGGUUUGUCUGACCCAUCUCCACCACCUCUAGUGAAUGGCACGCAUAAAGAAGAUGGGCAAAAAGUUGGGGAUAAAGAGCAAAACAACACCUCGGACUCCAACUCCCCCAACGCUGCAUCGCCUGCUUCUCCUGCUCCUUUCCUGUCCCUAAAUCUGUCCCCCUCCUCUGCCUCUUCACAAAGUCCAAAAGCAAAAGAAGCAUCUCCUACCUCUCCAGCAUCACCAUUCCACUCUCUAAACUUUGAACUGAAAAAGAUGGAAGAGGAGGAGGAAAAGAAAGGUUCUUCAUCAUCCUCAUCAAAUGAGCCCAUUAUGCCAGCAACAACAGAAUCUAAGGAAAACCAGGAAAAGGACACUGAAGCGGUCCCCAAGGUGGAAAAGAAAGAGGCGGGACAGACUAUGACAGAGGACACACCUGUGGAUUCAGCAAAGGAGUCUGUUAAAGGUUUGGUUCCACCUUUGCCUGUGGCACCUGCAGUAUCUGACUACACAGAACCAAUGGAUACAGACAGUGACACUACAAAGGACAAGGACACCAAAGUCUCCGCAGCCAAAAUAAAAGAUGGAAAGCCUUCUUCCCCCAUAUCUGUAACGUCCGAUUCCUCUCCUCCUUGUCCGUCCUUAACUCAUCCAGCAUCCUCUUCUUGUGCUGAUGUAAAACAAGAAAAGGGAAUCAAGGAUGAGGACACAAAAGAAGAGAAGGGUGACAAAGAAGAUGUGAAGAAAAGAUCAACCAGUGAGGUAAAGAUGGAGGUGGACUUGAAGAAAGAAAAGUUCAAGAAGGAAAAAACUGAUGUUGGACAAACCACAAAGCCAACUCGGCCAUCAUCUACUCCACCAUCAAAUACAGGGGAGAAGGGCUCAACCUCAGGACUGAAGCGCACAUUAUCAGAGGGUUACGAAAACGAUGGUCCGAUCAUGAAAAGAGAGGGGAAGAGGCCCAAGGUGGAACACGAGGAGUUGGAGGCACAACUGGAACUUAAAAUUACUGCAAAAGCUGACAGUCACCAUAAACUUGAAAAGAUUGUGCAACAGCUUGUGGGUCAACAGUUGAUGGUUUUACAGCUGACAAGUUUUGACAAACAUUUCCAAGAGCUGAAAGACAGAGUAGACAAGAUUGACUGUGCCACCAAACACCAAACUGCCAUUACCACACUCCAGUCCAAGAUAGCCCGACUAUCAAAGAAGUUUGGAGAGGCCAAUCAGGUGUCAGAGAACAAAAAGAAACAGGAGACACUUGCUGCUGCUAAGGCUACUGCUGCUGCUGCUACUGCUACUCCUGCUGCAAAGACUGCAACUGUUGCAAACAACCCUCAAGCUCAGCGGCCAGUCCGGACUUCCUUGGAGGUAAAGCAGACACCGACAACAGUUGCUUCAUCCAGCAUAGCUGCAAAUCCAGUUCCACCAGCCCCUGUCCCACCUACAGCCCCAACAUCCACCUCCACUGCCAUGGUUCCACAGGCCCCCAUCCUCCAGCUGAUCACCUCCACCUCUAAUGCUGCCUCCACCUUGGCCACAGGCAUCACCACUCAGAGUCCUACAGGCACACUGCUGCUGAAGACGGCCUCUGGCAGCAGUAUGGUGGCUACAGGCCAGCCUCUCCUCAUCCAGCUGCCUAUAUCGAUGACUAAUGGCCAGGCAGGAACACUGGUCAACAUCCCCGUCUCUUCUUUGUCUGCAGCGGGCUCACUCAACAAAGCCAAAACCCCUGCUUCUACCGCUACUUUUAUACUCAAGCCUGCUCCUCCCACUACUACAGCUCCAGCCUCCACACCAGCUGCUGCCACUGUUCCAGCUCUCCAGGCCUCCACUGGCCAGAUGUCUUCUGCGCAGAUCUCUCUUGCUCGAGCUGUGUACCAGGGAGGCGCUGGGGCAAUAACCACACCCAGUGCUGGGGUAUCUGUGACUACAGCAAGGACGCCAGUCCAGUCUGUCUCUGUAGCCGGUGCUAUGUCGUCUGCCUCUUCACCUGCAACAUCUGGGCCAGCAGCAACAGGUUCCACUGCUCCAGGACCACCACAAGGGACGUCUCUGACAUCAAAGACAGACAACCAAGCUACAGGAUCCAAUGCAUCCAGACCUACUGCUCCAGUGACAAGGCCCAAAGGUUCCGUCAUUGACCUCACUGAGGACGAUGAUGACGUGCAAGUGACAGGAGUGAAGAAUGCCACUGUUGCAGUUCCCUCACCUACCCAGCGUCCUCAACCAGUCGUCAGCAUUCUCAGCAGUGCGGGAGCAAGGUCAUCUCCACAAAGCAAUCAGAACUGCUCUGGCAAUCCUCAGUUGACAGUCCACCACCGCCCCCCAUUGGAUUCUGCGAUGAAAUCCCGCACUGUAACUACCACUGUGCCAGCCCGGGGCACCAACAUGGUACUGCCCCCUCUCCCCACAGCACCUGUACCUCCUCGCUUACCCCCAGAGGCUGAGCGGACGUCACCUCCUCAGCAACCCCAGCUGAAGCUGGUGCCAAGUCAGACUGGUAUAGUGCUAUCUUGGCAAGUGGCAGAAACUGAUCGGACCUGUGCAGCUGUAGAGAGUUAUCACCUCUAUGCCUUCCAUCAGGACAACUCUAACAAUAAUACAGCGCAGCAGCAUUGGAAGAAAAUUGGUGAGGUGAAGGCCCUUCCUCUGCCUAUGGCCUGUACGCUGACCCAGUUCCAGUCUGGCUCCACUUAUCACUUUGCUGUUAGAGCCAAGGACAUCUAUGGGCGCUUUGGCUCCUUCUGUGAGCCACAGUGCACAAAUGUCAUCAGUUCCAGCUCAAGCUGAACAGUUAAGAACGGUUAAGGAAUGGAAACAAAGUUUGCAUUUUAAGGUUCAUGACUUUCUUUACUUCUCUUUUUGUGUUAGGAACUCAAAUAUUUGUGUUGACACCUACAGUAUCUGUAAAUAGCUCAAUCUAACUGGAUGUGACUGACUUGGAGAACUGAGGCAGCAAAUGGUUGUUUUUGUCUUGUGAAUGUAUGCUAUGUACUUUUUGUUACUUAAGUUUAAGCUGUUGUAUAUAAUUGAAUUACUGUGCCCCUCUACCAAGUCAGUUAUUUAUGUUUUUGACUUCUGUUGCCCAGACCCAGAUGUUCUUCGCUUUACUUAAGAGGUGACAGAACUAUCCGUGUAGAAUUGCACAGAAAUAUAUAACCGUGUGGUAGAAACUGAAUAACUUUUGUAAGUUUUGUCUGGCAGCCAGACUUUGACAAACACAAUAAAGGUUUUAUUAAACACUUGG